AUGAAGUUCACCUGUGUCCUGAUCCUUUUGGCCACCGUGGCAUGUUGCCUGGUGAGCCUGUCCAGUGCGGCCAGUUCCACAACCACGACAGAGGCCGCCACCACCACAACCACCACUACCACAGCCUCGUCCUCGGACACCACCACCACCACGACAGAUUCCUCGGACACAACGAGCACGACCACCUCGUCCAGCUCUUCCAAAAAGAAGAAGCACGUGAUCCACUACAAGCGGAAGACCCACCGCCCCAAGAGGGUCAGGAAAAUCCAUCACAAGAGGAACAGGAGCAAGAGCUACAACAGGAACUACAACAGGAACUACGACAGGAAGACCCGAAGCAGGCGAAGCGGUUAG